ACCACAUCCGCCUGGGAUUUCCGAAUUCCCAGGGAUUCCGUCUGCAAUUUACCUAAACGCACUUUUGUGAAAUUCAGUUUGAAAAUGCCUUCUGGAACGUAUCAAGUCUCUCAUUGCGAGGAGAAUUCGCCCCCGGAGGGGAGAAAUCGAAAGAAAUUCAGGGAUCGGUACUACACGAAAUGGACUAUUUUAUUACUUACAUUUGCUGUAGUGGUUCUUCUCAUAAUCGCUAUUUCAUGGCCUUUUGAUAGAUCUUCCAAGGAAAAGAGUGAUAACGUCCAGAGUCCAAAUGAACGAUAUCAAGGAUCUCAGAACCCAGCAGCAAUUACAACGAGAGCGGAUAUCGAAUUUAUUUCAUCGACAUCUUCAGGAAUUGGAGAAUCCUCAGAUCGAUCCGGAAGAUAUCGAGGAUUCACAACAGAAACGGCAGUAUCGAGCUCCACUAUUAAUCCUGAAACAAAAAAUAAUAAUUACACCAGCAGAACUAUCGAUCCAGGAACUCCUGGUGAUAUUUUCAUGUCUCCAACGAUUGAAGACACGUAUCAGCCCCUAGAGACUUCAACAUCUCCCACAGAGUCUUCUACAUCUCCUGCAGUUGUACCUUCGGCGGAAUUCGAGUCGACUACAGAAUAUUAUGAUGAACAAUCGAUUACUCCAGGAGGAACGACAAUUAGUGAAGAGUUUUAUUCAUCUACGGAAGCCUCUGAAUCUUUCUCAGAUUCUUCACAGAGUUCUUCAGGUGCAGACACGACCUCCAGCUCUGCAGAUCCAUCGACGACUCGAGCCACUAGAGAUUUCACCUCAUUGAAGAGAUUAAUAGUGGCGAAGUAUUUCGGUAAUGAUUCGUCAACGACCGAGGAUCCCUCCAACGACAACUGGCUGGAUGAUCUCAACAUGAAAACAUCUACAGAGGAAACAAUAACGGUGAAGGAAGCGGAGACCUCCACAGGAUCCACUACUUCCACUCCUGAAUACAAUAGAGAUGUGACUCCUCCUCCUGAAGACUCGAAACCACUGGGUAAUUCCACAACUUGCACUGGAAAAUGCAGACAGCAAUUCAGCAAAAUGAUGGCCUGGAUGAACCACUCGGCAAAUCCUUGCGAGGAUUUCUAUGAAUUCGCUUGUGGAGGCCUCGAAGCUGACCCUGAAAUGAUAAUUAUAACUCCAGAGGAGAGAGCACUCUCAGUUAUCAAAAAACAGAUGCUGAGGGAGAUAACUGAAGGGAGAAGUUCUAGAUUCUAUAACUAUUAUCAGAGUUGCGUGGGUUAUGGGAAGAAUACGACCUUGAGAGGAAUUAUGCUGGACUCGAUAAGACAACUCUCACAGAAUGCUAUUUCUAACAAUUUGUCUGUAACCAGGACUUUGAAGGUCUUUCAAUUCCUCUUCGAUAUCACUACAGCCAUCGAUGAAUCAAACCCCCAGGAGUUGAUCCCUAGAAUAGGAGCAUCACUGCCGAGUAUUGCCCUCCAAAUCUUCAGAAAUGAUUCCUGUGAUCCUAAAAAUAUCAGAAGAGUCUCUCUUGAUCUCGAUGAGAUGUACGAAGAAUACAAAUCCUGCAAAAAUAAUACAAACGAGCUGUUAGAUGCGAUAACUGAAAUAUUCGGUACAGAAUUUCCCCUCGACUUCUUCAGAACGCUCUUAUCAGAUUUUCCAUCAGAGAGUGAAAUUCGGGAAGCGUACAGAUCGAAAAAUUACACGUUAAUAGCACUCAGCGAUCUCCAGAAACAAUCUACAUUAAUAUCUUGGGGGGAAUUAUUGUUGGACUUGACUGGAGUACGUGCCAACAACGACACAAAGCUACAAAUUUACUUUAAAGAUAAUUUAUUUCGCGCAUUGAGGAGAAUCGACGACCACAAUCAACGUCACCCAUCGCAUCUCCUUAAAUUUAUAAUUGCUUUCAACGCUGGUAAUAUCUACAACGAGUUGCAACCGGUUUUGCCGAGAGAUUUGGAGAGCAAGUGUUUGAAAAUCACCGCCAACUGGUGGCUAUCAGAAGAUGCGUCCUAUCUCUACAUGUCAUCUUUCACAUAUGACGAAUUGAAUACUAUCAAGUCGAAGGUUGCAGACAUUUUUAAACAACUGAAGCAAACUCUCACGUCAAAAUUGGAGACUAUAUACUGGGCCUCGCCAGAGGGUCGAGAUGCUUUGAUAAAAAAAUUAAAUGAUAUUCAAAUUUCCAUGCCCGAGGCUUCUUACUUUGAGCAAAAGGAAAAUGAAGUUUACCCUAACUUCAUACAGUACUUCUUCACAAAGCGACCAGAAAAUAUAAGUGAUUUAAAUAAAACCCCUGGUAAUCCGCAAAUUCUGAAAUACUACUGGACACACUUAGCAAAAGCUUUUCAACCACUUCCACGGUCUCUCCACUCCCGCAAUUUAAUUCUCGUCCCUCUAGGUGCUGUGGAAUCAUUACGAUUCACAAAGACCAAUGAGAAAUACGAUUACAUGACACUGGCGAGUGUCGGCAAUCUCCUGGCGCACGAGAUUGCAAGUUAUUUCGACGUCAUUGGUAUUCAGUACUGGGAUAAAAGUCGUGGCUCUCCCUUCCCUUCCCUCAAACACGAUGAUUUCACACGUAGUAAUUAUGAAAACUAUAUUAAAUGUCAGAGAGACGAGAUCUUUAAAUAUUCAACUGAAAUUGUAAUCCCUGCGACUAAUCAGCUCGUUAAAUUAAUGAUCCCUCCACACACAUUAAACGAGAGACUCUCUGAUGCUGCAGGUGUGAGACUAGCUCACGACACUUUCCACAGACUAGCUGCGCAAAAAUCAACCCCCUGGCUAGACUUCAAUAACGACCAGCUUUUCUACAUCGCAUACGCUCAGACACACUGUACAAAGGCACCACUCACUGCUUCGUCCAUCUCAUUGCAUGAGAAUCCCGAAUUACCGAGUAGACUGCGAGUUUAUGCAGCUGGAAUAAGCGACAGGAGAAUUGGAAGAGCCUUCGAGUGUCCAGAGGGUUCUAAACUAUCUCCAGAUUUUUCCUGUGGAGCUUUUCCCUACAUCGAGGAUCCCAUCCCUGCAGCUUAAUCUCCAUUGUAAUAUUUAUGA